AAAAACCAAUGAAACAAGAAAACGUGUACAAAAUAAUAAAUUUGUAUUAAAUAAGUGAAUAGGGUUGCGAUUUCUCGAGUUACUCUUUACAAGAAUUAAUUCUCUGAUGCGAACUCCAAAAGUGUCCAAAAAGAUCAAGAUUUGAUUGUUUGGUAAUAAGGAAUUAGCUCAUAUGAGUGUUGCUUGAUAAUUCUUCACAUGUAUGAUGAAGAAUAUAUAAAGAGUUUUGUGAAUUUGUGGUUUUGGAAUAAUUUGGAGAAGCUGAACUUGAAAAAUGCACUGCAAUUUGGCAGAAAUCUGUUCCUUAGAUCAAAACUAUUUCAACUCACGCCUGUGAACGACACUUCGCAGAAACUGUGAGCGAGUGUCGUUUUUUACUUCGCUCACUGCGCACGCGACACGCGACCCGAGCAACAGUCGCGUGUAUAUAAGUAGCACCCUCGGCCGGAACAGAAGCUGGCGCGCGAUACAAACUCGUUGAAGCAAAGGAGAGAGCAGAGAGAGAGAGAGAGAGAGAGAGAGAGAGAGAGAGAGAGAGAGAGAGAGAGUAGGAAGGAAAUGGAAGACGACGGAGGAGAGAGGUCGAGCAUCGUCGUCGGUCUCAUCGAGAACAGAGCCAAGGAGGUUGGAGUGGCAGCUUUUGAUUUAAGAUUAGCUUCUCUGCAUCUUUCUCAAUAUAUUGAAACUAGCAGUUCAUAUCAGAAUACAAAAACCUUGCUGCAAUUCUAUGAUCCUAUGGUGAUUAUUGUUUCACCGAACAAGCUGGCACCUGAUGGUAUGGUUGGAGUUUCAGAGUUGGUGGACAGAUUUUAUGCUACAGUCAAGAAGGUUGUAAUGGCCCGUGGUUGCUUCGAUGACACUAAGGGUGCCGUACUGAUUAAAAAUUUAUCAGCCAAGGAACCUUCAGCACUAGGAUUGGAUACUUAUUACAAGCAGUAUUACCUCUGCUUAGCUGCUGCUGCAGCUACAAUUAAGUGGAUAGAAGCAGAGAAGGGAGUCAUCGUCACAAACCACUCACUUGUGGUCACUUUUAAUGGAUCAUUUGCUCAUAUGAAUAUUGAUGCGACUAGUGUCCAAAACUUGGAAAUCAUUGAGCCACUUCAUUCGACACUUUGGGGCACCAGCAACAAGAAAAGAAGUUUAUUAAACAUGUUUAAGACAACAAAAACGGUUGGAGGGUCCAGACUUCUUCGUGCCAAUCUUUUGCAGCCUUUAAAAGAUAUUGAAACUAUAAAUGCUCGUCUAGAUUGCCUGGAUGAGCUCAUGAGCAACGAACAGCUGUUCUUUGGACUAGCUCAGGUUCUGCGUAAAUUUCCAAAAGAGAGUGAUAGGGUGCUUUGUCACUUUUGCUUCAAGCCAAAGAAAAUUACAAACAAAGUUGUGGGUGUUGAUUGUGCUAGAAAAAGCCAAGUGUUGGUUUCAAGUAUCAUUCUUCUGAAGACUGCUCUAGAUGCCUUGCCUUUACUCUCAAAGGUUCUUAAAGAUGCAAAGUGUUUUCUUCUUGCAAAUGUUUACCAGUCUGUAUGUGAAAAUGAGAAGUAUGCUGCCAUUAGAAAGAGGAUUGGAGAGGUUAUUGAUGAGGAUGUGCUUCAUGCACGGGUUUCAUUUGUAGCCCGCACACAGCAGUGUUUUGCUGUCAAAGCUGGAAUCGAUGGACUCUUGGAUAUUGCACGGAGAUCAUUUUGUGAUACUAGUGAAGCUAUACAUAAUCUUGCUAACAAGUAUCGUGAAGAUUUCAAGUUGCCCAAUUUGAAACUCCCGUUUAACAAUAGGCAAGGGUUCUACUUUAGCAUGCCACAUAAGGACAUUCAAGGGAAACUUCCUAGCCAGUUCAUUCAGGUAUUGAAACAUGGGAAUAAUAUACACUGCUCAACCUUGGAGCUUGCUUCUCUAAACGUUAGAAAUAAGUCUGCAGCUGCAGAAUGCUACUUACGUACAGAAGUUUGCCUAGAAGAAUUAGUAGAUGCCAUACGAGAGGAUGUUUCUGCACUCACACUGCUGGCAGAGGUCUUAUGCCUUUUGGAUAUGAUUGUUAAUUCAUUUGCACAUGCCAUUUCCACAAAGCCUGCUGAUCGUUAUACUAGACCUGAAUUCACAGAUAAUGGCCCACUGGCAAUUGAUGCUGGAAGACACCCUAUCCUAGAGACUAUACACAAUGACUUUGUUCCCAACAAUAUCUUUUUAUCAGAGGCAUCAAACAUGGUGCUCAUCAUGGGCCCAAACAUGAGUGGAAAGAGCACUUAUCUUCAACAAGUGUGUCUUAUAGUUAUUCUUGCUCAGAUGGGUUGCUAUGUACCUGCUCGCUUUGCAACUCUAAGGGUUGUUGAUCGUAUAUUUACAAGGAUGGGUGCAGUAGAUAAUCUUGAAUCGAACUCUAGUACGUUCAUGACAGAAAUGAAAGAAACAGCUUUUAUCAUGCAAAAUGUCUCCCAGAGGAGUUUGGUUAUCAUGGAUGAACUUGGGAGGGCCACAUCUUCCUCUGAUGGAUUUGCAAUUGCUUGGAGCUGCUGCGAACAUUUAUUAUCACUGAAAGCGUACACAAUAUUUGCCACUCAUAUGGAGAACCUAUCUGAACUAGUAACCAUCUACCCAAAUGUGAAGAUACUUCACUUUGACGUUGAUAUUAAAAAUAAUCGUUUAGAGUUCAAGUUUCAACUGAAGGAUGGGCCGAGACAUGUUCCACACUACGGCCUUCUAUUAGCAGAAGUGGCAGGAUUACCAAGCUCCGUGAUGGAAACAGCCAGAAACAUCACAUCCAGGAUCACAGAGAAGGAAGUGAAGAGGAUGGAAGUAAACUGCCUGCAAUACCAUCCAGUCCAGAUGGCUUACCACGUUGUGCAGCGGCUGAUAUGUUUGAAGUACUCGAGCCAGGAUGAGGAUUCGAUCAGGGAAGCACUACAUAAUUUGAAAGAGAGCUACAUUCAUGGAAUGCUGUAGUCCGCAGAAACCCACAUUAUUGUAAAUAUACCGUGCCGAAAGAAGUUGUAUUCAUAAAUCCAUGAACCUGCCAAGUGCUGAGGCUAUAUUCUUCCUCUUUUCUGUUAUAUGCUCGUAAGUUACUUUGGAGGUUUUUUUCACUGUACUCGUAAGCUGCGGGUUCAACUAAUAUCCCACAAAGAAAGUGUUCUCGAUGACUCAGAUUUUGAUUUGUGUACAUAUACGCAAUUUUGGAGCA